GCUCAUUGCCAUCUCUAGUGACAAUUGGUAGAGAUAUACAAGCAUAACUCAUGUCUCAUGCAAUUUAUCUGAAAUAAAUUGAAUAAAAAUAUGGAGUAAUUGGUUUUGAAUUUGCGGAAGAUAAAGGGAAUUAGAAUUGUUUGUUGAUUCUUGAGCAAAUUCUGUGAAAGGGGAACACGAAAUAGAAUUACGAUGGUCACAGAAGCCAACGGCGCCGUUUCCCCCGAACUGUCAACCACCGCCGGCGGAGGCGGCCUUAUCAUAUCAGUUACAGAUGCGAUGCGCUCCUUCCUCACCACAUCUUCCACCGAUCCACAUCUAUCGGAGGAUCUCAGACACCUUUCUUCCUCGCUUAGCCUCCAGUCCACCGCACCCUAUCAAUCCCUAAAAACGAUCUGGUUCGGAUCCGAAUCCGGUUCCAGACCCGAUUUAUCCUCUCUCCUCGCCGGCUCUAAUUUCGUCUUCACCAGCCCCCCGCCUCGCCAAAAGAGCGAGGAGCUGAAGGCGAGAUUGAGAAAGCUGGAGGAAGCUGCUGAGAGGAAGGCGUACGAUGAAUUGGUGAAGGACAUUACUCCGAAGAAGCCUGUGAAUGAGCCUUUUUCUUCUUACAAGGAUCAAUUAGGCUUCGGAUUACACGUUGUGGUUACAAUGUUUACUGGAUACUUGGUUGGGUAUGCAGCAUUCCGAGCCCUGUUUGGCCAAAGUGCUCCCUUGAGUGCUGCUGGAGGCAUCCUUGGUUUGGUCGGGGCCAUGCUAGUCGAGACGCUUCUGUUUAUACUCAGAUCCUCUGACUUAGGUGGUGAAUCAUCCUCAUCUUCUGCCUCCCGCCCUUCCAAUUUGAAGAUAAAGAAGAAUCAGUAGGUUUGAAUUAAGAUAUAUUCUUUUACUCAGUUUAUUUACAUGAUAGAAUGUUUUUUUUUUGAAAGAUUGUGGUCUAGGUAAAUAGUUUAAAAUGCAGCUUACUUGAUGUAGAUUUUUAUAGAGUUAUUUGUAUGUGAAAUGCAAGGCUGGUUACUGAGUGACGUUUAUUCAACAUUUAUUUGUACAGUUACAUGAUUUUGUUGGAGAAAGAAAAAAGGAUAAAAAUAGUGUUUAAAUA